UCAACAUUGUCCUGCGGCAUGUCUCGGAAGCGCAGAGCGAGCAGCCGGAAGGCGAGGAACGCUCGCAAUGCCCGGCAAGAGGAGGCGGAGGCGGAACUUAGUGGACCUGCACCCGGUGAUGCAGGAGGAACUUCAGCCUCUCAAUCUGUUCUGCCUCUGAAGCCAGUGGAGAUAGAGAUCGAAACGCCAGAACAGGUGAAAACGAGAGAAAGAAGGGAGAAGAUAAAAAUAGAGUUUGAGACCUAUCUUCGGAGGAUGAUGAAACGCUUUAGUAAGGAAGUCCGCGAGAACACACACAAGGUUCACCUGCUUUGCCUCCUGGCAAAUGGCUUCUAUCGAAACAGUGUCUGCAGGCAGCCAGACCUGCUAGCCAUUGGCCUCUCCAUUGUCCCAGCUCGUUUCACCAGGGUUCCUCCUCAAGACGUGGACUCGGGCUUCCUCUCCAGCCUGGUGAAGUGGUUCAUCGGAACAUUUACUGUUAAUGCGGACCUUUCAGUGCCUGAGCAAGCCGGCCUGCAGACCACUCUGGAAAGGAGAUUCGCUAUUUACUCUGCGCGGGAUGAGGAAGAGUUGGUCCAUAUGUUCCUGCUGAUUCUGCGUGCCUUGCAGCUCCUGACCCGACUGGUGCUGUCUCUGCAGCCCCUUCCUCUGAAGUCCUCUUUGGCCAAGGUUAGAAAACUUCCUAAGGAUAGAGCCACAAAGGAUCCUGGAGAUGCCCCAGGAACUUCCAGUGAAACUCCAGAGAGCCAGCCCGAACUGCAGACCAGUAAAGGAAUCAGACAGGGAAAAGCCUUUUCCAGGGGCCCUGACAAGGCAGGCACCAAGGGGAAGAGGAGGAAGACAGCCGCAGGCAGCAGGAAGCACGGAGAGCCCUCCUCCAGUGAGGGAGAGGCAGCUGGGCCCAGUGAGCAGCAGCCCCAGCAGCCUCGGCGUGGCCGGGCCCAGCGCAGGGCCCUCAGGGUGUCUUACAAAGAGGACAGCGGGAGCAACUCCGCCGCCAGCAGCUCUGACUUUGUGCCUUCUAGCGGGGAAGCCCAUCAGUCCUCUGAGGAGGGGUCUGAACCUGCCCCUCCCAGGCCGAGGAGGACCCGUGCCCCACAGUGCACGAAGGCUGGCUCCAAGAGUGACUCCAAGACCCAGCCAGGAAGCCGCCGCCAGCGCUCAGCAUCUUGCAGCUCUCUGGGAAGUAAAAGAGGCAAGAAAGCAUCCCAGGAUGAUGAAGAGGCAGGAGGGAAAGCAGCCGGUAUAGACCAGUGGCUGGAAGUGUUCUGUGAGAAGGAGGCAAAGUGGAUAUGUGUGGACUGUGUGCACGGGGUGGUGGGCCAGCCCCGGGCCUGUUACAGAUACGCCACCAAGCCCAUGACCUAUGUCCUGGGCAUCGACAGCAAUGGCUGGGUCCGAGACGUCACUCAGCGGUAUGACCCAGCCUGGAUGACGGCCACCCGCAAAUGCCGCGUUGAUGCUGAGUGGUGGGACGAGACCUUGAGACCCUACCGGAGCCCAUUCGUGGAAAGGGAAAAGAAGGAAGAUUUAGAGUUUCAGGCAAAGCACCUAGACCAACCUCUGCCUUCUGCCAUUGGCACCUAUAAGAACCACCCACUGUACGCCCUGAAGAGACACCUCCUGAAGUACGAGGCCAUCUACCCCGAGACGGCAGCGGUGCUGGGGUACUGCCGAGGUGAAGCUGUCUACUCCAGGGAUUGUGUGCAUACCCUGCACUCCAGGGACACAUGGCUGAAACAGGCAAGAGUGGUGCGGCUCGGCGAGGUGCCCUACAAGAUGGUGAAAGGCUUCUCCAACCGCGCCCGCAAAGCCCGGCUCGCCGACCCCCAGCUGCAAGACCAGAAUGACCUGGGCCUGUUCGGCCGCUGGCAGACAGAGGAGUACCAGCCCCCUCUGGCAGUGGAUGGGAAGGUGCCCCGGAAUGAGUUUGGGAACGUGUACCUCUUCCUGCCCAGCAUGAUGCCCGUCGGCUGUGUGCAGCUGCACCUGCCCAAUCUGCAUCGCGUGGCCCGCAAGCUGAACAUCGACUGUGCCCCGGCCGUCACGGGCUUUGACUUCCAUGGUGGCUACUGCCAUGCUGUAACCGACGGCUAUGUUGUCUGUGAGGAGUUUAGGGAUGUGCUCCUGACUGCCUGGGAGAACGAGCAGGCCCUCAUUGAGAAGAAGGAGAAAGAGAAACGGGAGAAGCGGGCCCUGGGGAACUGGAAGCUGCUGGCUCGGGGGCUGCUCAUCAGGGAGAAGCUACAGCGGCGCUACGGGGCCCAGAGCGAUGCAGCAGCUCCACACACAGCUGGAGGAGGUGGGCUGUCCGACGAUGAGGAGGGGACCAGCUCACAAGCAGAGGCAGCCAGGGUCCUAGCUGCCUCCUGGCCUCAGAACCGAGAAGCUGAGGAAGAACAGAAGCUAAAGUGCCCCAGGAAGACCAGAAGGGCAAAGAAAGAGGCUGCCGGCCACCUGUUCCCGUUCGAGAAGUUAUGACCUGUGCUCCUGGUCUGGAAGGUGGAUGGACUCAGGCCAAGCUGAGGUCACGCUGUAGGUGGGUCCUCCCAGGACUGUUCAACAAACCCGAGCCCAGGGAGUUGCCCUGGGACUCCUGUUCUUCCAUCUUUGGAGAUGGGAUAAAUUUGUUUUCUUUAAUAGGAAGCACUGGGACAUUUGCGGGUAGAGGUAACCUAUCCAUCUUCACCCACCAGACCCUGCACCCUGGCCCUUCUUGGGGCUUAGGAUCCUUUCUCUGCAGGCCACUUAAUCCCCAGGUCAGGUUCCUGCUGCUGAGCACUGCCUCUUUGUAGAAGACAGAAAGUAAGAAAGUACAGGCCCCGUCAGAUCAUGGUGUUGGGGGUGUUCCCUGAAGUCACAGCAGAAGACUAGGACAAAGAGCUAACAUAGGCAAGAAGAACAGUAAUUGAGUGCUAAAAGUAUGUCAGUAAAAGUGGAUCAGUGUUCAGGUAGAUUUUGCUUAUUAUCAGAUACACUGACAAAGCUCUACGUGCUCUGUGUUGAGAAGAAAUAACUUUUAUAACAUUUUGAGAAAAAAUAAAGCAUUUAUCUAAA